AUGGCGACGAUCGACGCGGUUGCGGCGGGAGCGGGCAGCUGUAUCGGCCUGGCCGUCGGCUCCGCGAUUAGCGGCGGUGCCAUCGGCGGACUUUUCGGGCUGGUGUCGGGUCUCUUCCGCCGCGAGGGCUUUAAGAAGGCCAUGUCCGAGGCUGGGGCUUCCGGCCGGACCUUCGCCAUCAUGUCGGGCGUGCAUUCGCUCGUCAGCGCCUCGCUUAAGAAGAUUCGCGAUAAGGACGACGUGAUCAACCAUGCAGUGGCGGGGUGCGCCACCGGAAUCGCCCUCGGCUGGGGAGGCACGCCACCGAGCUCAACCUCCUGGGCCUCUCCCCUCCACACGCCCACUGCAGCAGCAGCAGCAGCAGCAGCAGCAGCAGCAGCAGCAGCAGCAGCAGCAGCAGCAGCAGCAGCAGCAGCAGCAGCAGCAGCAGCAGCAGCAGCAGCGAGCAGCAGUGUGAACUUCACACUGGCUCUUCUGAGGGCCUUCUUUGACUGGUGGGAGGAGGGGGUGAUGGCGGGUGAUGCUGCUGCUGCUGGUGCUGGUGGUGCAUUUGUUGCAGCUGAUGCUGCUGCUGCUGGUGCUGGUGGUGCAUUUGUUGCAGCUGAUGCUGCUGGUGCUGGUGCUGGUGGUGCAUUUGUUGCAGCUGAUGCUGCUGCUGCUGGUGCUGGUGGUGCAUUUGUUGCAGCUGAUGCUGCUGGUGCUGGUGCUGGUGGUGCAUUUGUUGCAGCUGAUGCUGCUGGUGCUGGUGCUGGUGGUGCAUUUGUUGCAGCUGAUGCUGCUGGUGCUGGUGCUGGUGGUGCAUUUGUUGCAGCUGAUGCUGCUGGUGCUGGUGCUGGUGGUGCAUUUGUUGCAGCUGAUGCUGCUGCUGCUGGUGCUGGUGGUGCAUUUGUUGCAGCUGAUGCUGCUGGUGCUGGUGCUGGUGCUGAUGCUGCUGCUGCUGGUGCUGGUGGUGCAUUUGUUGCAGCUGAUGCUGCUGCUGCUGGUGCUGGUGGUGCAUUUGUUGCAGCUGAUGCUGCUGCUGCUGGUGCUGGUGGUGCAUUUGUUGCAGCUGAUGCUGCUGCUGCUGGUGCUGGUGGUGCAUUUGUUGCAGCUGAUGCUGCUGCUGCUGGUGCUGGUGGUGCAUUUGUUGCAGCUGAUGCUGCUGCUGCUGGUGCUGGUGGUGCAUUUGUUGCAGCUGAUGCUGCUGCUGCUGGUGCUGGUGGUGCAUUUGUUGCAGCUGAUGCUGCUGCUGCUGGUGCUGGUGGUGCAUUUGUUGCAGCUGAUGCUGCUGCUGCUGGUGCUGGUGGUGCAUUUGUUGCAGCUGAUGCUGCUGCUGCUGGUGCUGGUGGUGCAUUUGUUGCAGCUGAUGCUGCUGCUGCUGGUGCUGGUGGUGCAUUUGUUGCAGCUGAUGCUGCUGCUGCUGGUGCUGGUGGUGCAUUUGUUGCAGCUGAUGCUGCUGCUGCUGGUGCUGGUGGUGCAUUUGUUGCAGCUGAUGAUGCUGCUGGUGGUGCAUUUGUUGCAGCUGAUGCUGCUGCUGCUGGUGCUGGUGGUGCAUUUGUUGCAGCUGAUGCUGCUGCUGCUGGUGCUGGUGGUGCAUUUGUUGCAGCCGAUGCUGCUGCUGCUGCUGCUGGUGGUGCAUUUGUUGCAGCUGAUGCUGCUGCUGCUGGUGCUGGUGGUGCAUUUGUUGCAGCUGAUGCUGCUGCUGCUGCUGGUGCUGGUGGUGCAUUUGUUGCAGCUGAUGCUGCUGCUGCUGCUGCUGGUGCUGGUGGUGCAUUUGUUGCAGCUGAUGCUGCUGCUGCUGCUGCUGGUGCUGGUGGUGCAUUUGUUGCAGCUGAUGCUGCUGCUGCUGCUGGUGCUGGUGGUGCAUUUGUUGCAGCUGAUGCUGCUGCUGCUGCUGGUGCUGGUGCUGAUGCUGCUGCUGCUGCUGGUGCUGGUGGUGCAUUUGUUGCAGCUGAUGCUGCUGCUGCUGCUGCUGGUGCUGGUGGUGCAUUUGUUGCAGCUGAUGCUGCUGCUGCUGCUGGUGCUGGUGGUGCAUUUGUUGCAGCUGAUGCUGCUGCUGCUGCUGGUGCUGGUGGUGCAUUUGUUGCAGCUGAUGCUGCUGCUGCUGCUGCUGCUGCUGGUGGUGCAUUUGUUGCAGCUGAUGCUGCUGCUGCUGGUGCUGGUGGUGCAUUUGUUGCAGCUGAUGCUGCUGCUGCUGCUGGUGCUGGUGGUGCAUUUGUUGCAGCUGAUGCUGCUGCUGCUGCUGGUGCUGGUGUUCCCGUACCUGUUUCUUGUUCAGCCGCACUCCUCGCGGGUCAACCACAGUCGCCCGCACCCCAUGCCUCUGCUCCAAUGCAAACGCCAACGCCCCCCUCCCCCCUGCCACGUCUAAAACCCCCUUCCCGCCGCCCCCUUCUUUCCUGCCGUCCCCCAUCUCCCCGUUGCCCCCUCCCUUCACCCCCUCUCCCCUCUCCCUGUCAUCCUCCCUCUCCCCGUUUCCUCCCGGCCCCCCGCCUUCCCCCAUCAGUCUCCCCCGUCCGAACGUCCCCACGAGCCACGCAGCAAAGAGAUCCGCGCGCACCUGCUUCCCCCGCUUCCCCUCCGCGCUGUGCGGGUCCCGCUCCCCCUGGCUGCAGCAGUGGCGGCGCCGGUGCUGCCUGUGGGCGAUCCAGUGCAGGCGCAGCAGGGGGAGCAGCGCGGGCGGCGGGUGCGCGCGCGCGCAGAAGGGCGCGGCGGAGCAGUGCGCCGAGUUGA